AUUUAAACGAGGAUGGAAGUCAACGACUGGGAAACUAAGAGCAUCGAGAGUGAACUUGACCGAAUCCGGGCUAAAUACCUCAUGUCACCAUCAGAUUUUGAUAAAUAGCUCCAGCCUCAAGCAGAUCAAUAUCCUUCACACUGGGACCUUCAAGGGUGAAGGCAGCACAGGGACUAGAAAACUCGAUCAGCAAAUAACAAACACCCAAUCUAUCGAUAAAUAUGAAAACGGGGUUAGAGAGUUCAUGAUUGGACAUCCUGUACCUCUUAACCUCCAAACACUAAGCUCCAAUACACCUAAUAGCACCUGGGAGAACCAAUUUAACACUAUAAGAAAUGAUGAAAAGGAGAAUGAUUAUGGCAUCAACCUUGAAAAUGACAUAAUAAGAAGAUUUCCCCAGAGUACAAAGAACAGCACCAAUCAAUCUCACUUCACUCUCCAUAACCCUUCAAAAUUCGCCCAGCCUACACCUUCAAAUCUCCCAAAACCUGUUCCUACAGAACCCCCUCUCUGUACCGCUCAAAACUUCCACCCAACCCCACUGGCUCAAGCUCUGCCAGGCCAAGUCCAGUUUUCUGCAGAGCGCACUGGGAAGGACACCAGUGACAAGACCAAGGUUGUGAGCAGUGCGAAUAGUUUGGUCGAACGCAUUUGUGACAAUGAUGGUGUGACAUUGGGCAGCUGUUUGGGAGAGAAAGAUCAGAUGAGGAAUAGGGGGAAUGUUGAGGACUGAAGAAGUGGAAACUCUUUAGAGUCAAGGGGAAAGUGAUGUUAUGGUAGAGAUAAGAGUGCUACGAGCUCUAUUGAGAGGGAAAGAAUGAUGUAUGAGUCCCUUCCAAAUUCAAGGUUCAAUAGCAGGAAUAGAUGUUCUGCGAUUAGAAGCAAAAUAGAGCAAACUACAAAAAUGCCAGAUUUACAAAAUGUAAAAGAGCAAGAGGAGAUUUUGUCGCAUAGUUUUAAUGAAAACCAGCCUGUCUAUAAGGAGAAUACUUUCAAACAAAGUAUCUUUGAUGAUAUAAGAAGAGCUUCCAAUAUCUCUCUUGCUCCACACAUGGAAAGUUACCUUAACAAGAAGCUCAUCCAGGCAAGUGGUAGCCCAGAAAUUGAGAAAAUUAGUUCAAAUUCAGAUGAAAAUAGGGAAAAAGGUGAAUAUCCUGAUCUAACUGAAGAAACUGCUAUGACUAAUCAUCAUGAAAGACUCAAAAGAAUCUCAAGCAAAACAAGACUUGACUCCAAGAAAAAGAAGAGGUCAUCGAAGAGGUUGACUGCUUGUUCUAACAGCAGGCUUUCUAAUUACUCCAAAAGAUCUAAAUCCAAGCAAUCUCAAAGAAAGAGGUCUUGCAGUAGAAAUCAUAAGAAUGCUAGCCAGUCUGCCAAGAGAAAUACAAGAAAGAGUAUAAAAAGAUCAAUACCUUCGGGGAAGAGUAGAGGAAAGAAACCAAAGUUGGCUCCCAAGAGCAAUAAUACAACGAGAAAUCCAAAACCAAAGAAGAUCAAUACAACUGUCUUCCUUAGUAACCCUUGAGAGAAGCUAGAGUCUUCUGUUGGCCUCCAGGAGAUUAUUAAGGAAGCAACAGACUCGAAGUUUUUAGAAGUCAUUGAUAAUCUGAGGGAGCUCAGAAGGAAAAACUACAAUAAUGUAGACAGUCAAGGUUUAAGCACCUCUAAGAGCAACAGAAGCAUUAAAACAGAAAUCGAGUUCGAAUCAUCAGUGGUUGAGCUUAUUAGUGCUUAUAAUAAAUGCCUUGAGAGUAUUCAUAAUUAACCAAAUAUUCAACUGA